GUGUGUGUGUGUGUGUGUGUGUGUGUGAGUAAAUGUGUGAGAGAGAGAGAGUGUGUGUGUGUGUGUGUGUGUGUGAGUAAAUGUGUGAGAGAGAGAGAGUGUGUGUGUGUGUGUGUGUGAGUGAGUGAAUGUGUAAGAGAGAGUGUGUGUGUGUGUGUGUGAGUGAGAGAGAGUGUGUGUGAGUGAGUGAGAGAGAGUGUGUGUGAGUGAGUGUGUGAGAGAGAGUGUGUGUGUGUAUGUGUGUGUAGAGUAAAGUACAGUAUACAGUGGAGUACUGCACCAAUUUAAUAAUAAUAAUAACAACAAUAUCAUCAUCAUGAUUGGAUCUCCAGACCUGCUGGCUUUCACGACAGACACAGAUUUCCUGGAGGAAUCCACAGAGUCACACGGACUUCCAUCCGAUCUCUCAGAUCCUCUGUACCAGCACGCGGACGGCACCUCUCCGUGGUCGAAGCCCUCUGCCGUUAGCUUCACUAAGGAUUUCAUUCUCAUAUCGGAGUUCUCCGAGCAAGUGGGUCCCCAGCCCAUCUUAACCGUCCCGGACCAAACUACGGCGUGCGGAUCGUUCGAUCUGAACCAGUUUGCGCUCAGGAUAAUGUCCGUUGACUACCAGACGACGUUCGCGAGCCCCGCCGGGAGCGUGCAUCCUAAACUGAGCUUCGUGGAAGACUCUAAAGUGGUGCUGGGGGAUUCUCGAGAAGGCGCGUACGCUUACGUGCACCACUUAACGCUGUACGACCUUGAGGCUCGCGGCUUCGUCCGGCCAUUCUGCCUGGCCUACGUGUCCUCCGAGGAGGAAAAAAUCAUGCAGUGUUUCAGACAACUCUCAGCGGAGUUCUCCAAAGCGUCAGAGUGGCUGAAAACCGGGAACAGGAAGAACUUUGCUAACGAGGUGGACAAAAAGCUUUCAGACUUGGAGUAUACUAGAUUAAUACUGCUGAGGGAGAUGAACAGAGACAGGUUGGGUAGAUUAAAAGUUGGCGAGAUUAACGGAACAGAAGCGGAAAUGGAAAAGAACAAUAGCAGGAACGGUGAACUGCUGCUGAACACGAAAGAAGAGGAAUUGAAAGAGAAACAAAGCUUGUCGUUUAUGGAAGUUGACCCGAACAACAGUGCAAGAGGUUUUUAUAAAAGGAGAAAUGAAGCAGAAUGUGACUCGGUUGUUGUGAGCAAUCAAAAUAAAAAUAACAGAUCAGAAAAAGAUCAAGUGGUUGAGCAGCCUAAUAAUGAAACCAAAGAAGGUCAAAGUGCAACUAUCAAGUGGGCUAAUAAAGCGGACGAGCUGGCUCGUGUGGAAAAAGCCAUCCAGGAACACAGAAGUCUUUUAAAACAAAUCACUUCCUACCCAAACAGGAAGCUUAGAGACCCAGAGUUUUUACCGUACGAGCCAGACGACACCUUUCAUUCUCUGGAGUCUGACCUAGACCCCGGCACGCUGUACUUCCGGAGCCCAGAGUCAGUGGAUGAAUGCAGCGAUUACUUACGUGAUCCUUCACACAUUCCGCAACUGGUAAGUCCGAGUGCGUGUCGACAGUUUGACAAGUGUCUGAAGAAUCUGGAUGAGCUGUGCGACACGUACUUCAUGCAGCAAGCAAGGGAACAGCUUCGCUCCAUCGAGAAGAGUUUCCGUGGCGACAAUAGCUCCUUCGUCUCCAAGCAACGGACUCAGAAUUUGCUUCGUCACCUCAAAUCCACCAACUUCCUUUUUGAAGAGCCAUGUGAUCUCGAGGCAGAUACAGGUCAGCAGAUAUCCAGACAACACCCUCGGCUAGCACUGCUACAGAGUGACCCCGUAAGUCUGGACUCUUACACGUCAUGCGUGGAAAUGGUCCCGAUCCGGCUUGAGCUCCAAAGAAAUGGACCUGACUCGGUUCCGACCUCACCAAGCGAUGAAUUGCCUUUGACACCAAACUUCCCAAAUGAAGGGAACUGCAAGAAUGAGGAGGUUCCUGUACCGAUGAAGGACAGCAUAAGCAGUGGAGAGAGUAUCGAGGUGCUAGGAACGGAGAAGUUCUUUAAACCUCAAAGCACUCUUGAUACCACGGAAAUCAUUCAGCAGAAACCGACAUCUAUCCUUUUUGAAGGGCGGAAAAGGAGAGUGGUCACCCGACGGGAGAACAGCGAGGACAGCAUUGAGGUGCUAAGCACUACAGAUUCUAUUAUCCCGGACGAUUUGAGGGCGUCGUACCCUUCAGCUAUCUGUGAGGAGACUCCGGAGCACGAAGAGGAACAGAAUGACUGCGUGAACAGCUCUGAAGAUGUUUUGGUUCCAUGCAAAGACAAACCCCAGAGCUCCCCUAGCUCCCCCAGCACCCCUACAACAGUCAUAAACCCACCAGAUCCCCACAUGACCCUGGACUUGUGUACUUUUGCUGGACUUCCUCUAAGUGAGCCGGGUUCUCUCCAGGACAGGCCGUUCCUGUUCCCACCAGAUGAUUACUCAGACUGCACUAGUUUUCGAAGCCUUGGCUCCACGAGCUCUACAGUGUCUCUCGACCUUUACAGGGAUAAAAGUGCACCCGGGAGUUGGAGAAAGAGAGGCAGGUCAGGACGUGCUGCUGUGAAUUUCCUACGCCAGUUUUCGUUUGCCGUGCACGCCGUGUACAGCCUGCUGAGUGGCCGGACUUUGGUGGUCCUGGGCAGUGAGGAAAGAGUGGUUAGACGCCUGGUCACCGCGCUGACCAUGUACACUCCUCAUCUGGGGAGAAGCCGAGGAAACAUCCAGCCCUGGAUAUCAAGUCCUUUGCAGAUUACUGACCUGCUGACCUGGAAACUCGUCGGCUAUAACAGAUCGGCAUUUCCUCCAUGUCCCAGUAUGCCACCUUGUCUUGCUCGCUUCAGCCGCUACCUCAGCGUACUAGACGUGGACCAGAAGACCUUACGCUGCCCGGCGUAUAAAGGAUCUCUGAUUUGUCCGUUGGUAGAGGCGAGGAUUCAGAGCAUGCAUGGCACCGCCUACUUUCUGUACGCGCAGAGUUUAAUCAGCCAGCUCGUUUCUAGAGCGUUCCUUAUCACAUUCUCUUCAAAGGUCAGGCACGAACACGUCCAUAACGACGAUCUGAAGAUCCUCCGGUACCUUUCAGAGCUGAUUAUGGAACAUGUGACGGGAACCUCGCAGACAGUCCUGCGAUUCAGCUACACCGCGAGCACGGUGUUCAAACACUGACACUAAAACUAAUAAGAGGUUUAUACUGCUGCUAGCCUCGGGAGGUGGGAGGUCUGGGAGAUGAGUUACGCUGGUGGAAUUCACAGUCCACCAUUAUUAGUUAUUCUAAGAAUAUUUAUUUAUUGACUUUAAGCCAGAUCUCAAUAAUCCAAAAACAAGAUGUCAACUUGGAGUUGACCUUUGAGUUGUUGGAUUAUACAAGGUGUGUAAUAUUUAUUUUAACAUUGGCAAAGAUUAGCAAUUAUCUGAUUUCAUUGUUCACUUCUUUUAAGUUAUCUUUCAUUUAAAAAAAAUCUAUUAUUGUUAUACACUUAAACAGUAUUCUGUCCCACUUUUACCGCCCACUAAGGAAACAGUUUAAAUAAUCAGAGUAAUCCUAAAUCCCCAAAUCCACGUCUCCUUGUGAUUAUUUCAUUAAGUGCCAAAACACAUGGACUUGUGCUUGUGUUGUCAAGAAAAGCUCAUAUUGCACACUCCUUGAGAUACUCUACACCCUUCAGAAUUUGUAACACAUUUUGCACUGAUAAUGCACAGAGAUAAUUCACUGAACACAGCUCAGGGGAGGUCAGAUUCUACUCAAAGGAAAAACCACAUUAAUUAGGAACACCUGUACACCUUCAUCCAAACGUCCAGGCAGACGAACAAUGGAUUUCAUCUCAGCACUGUGGUAAAGAGCAUCUAUGUAAGUUACCAUAGACUUCCUGUCAGUUCGAACCCGUCGCCCUGUUCUCUUGUACACUGUCUAGAGAUCAGUACAUGAAAAUCCGAGCAGAUCAGCAGUUUCUGAAAUGCCAGCACCAGCUCAUCUGGCUCAAACAAACCAUGCAAACAAACACAUCACACUUUUUUUUUUUUUCCACACUAGCUGUAUCUGUACCUGCAUGAUGUGCUGCUGCAUGACUGGAUGCAUGAACGCAUAGGCAGGUGUACAAAAGUAAAGAAUUUGCCACUAAUGUGUCCAAUUAUAAAUCACUUAUGAUUUUGAAUAGUUCAUUUAGUUUUGUGUGUAAUGAAAAUGAGUAUAGUUUUAACCCUUCAGUGUUCUGCUCAACCGUUCGGUAGAGCACAUUUUGAGUCACUAUACUUUGAUUAAAAGGUGUUGAAAAGCCGAUUACAUCUCUACUGGUUAUUUAAGUGAUGUUAUUUAGAACAUUCAUACUUUAAAGAUUAACAUUUUAUUUGUCACAUGUACCUUACAGCACACUGAAUUUAUUUUGUCAUUAAUCACAGUUUAGAAAGCUGGGGUCAGAGAGCAGGGUCAGUCAGGAUACAGCGCCCCCUGGAGCUGACAGGGGUAAGGGCCUCGCUCAAAGGGCUCAACACUGCCUACAUGUUAGUGCUGGGGCUCGAACCCCCAACCUUCGAAUCAGUAACCCACAGCCUUAUCUGUUUGAGCCAGCUCUGCCCAUGAAGCAACAUCUCAACCAAUUGGAAGAGGCCAAUCUUGGAGUACUUUUAAAAACAAUAAUGAAUGACUAAACAAACAACAUCCAUUGAUUGAGGUAUUGCCAUUUAUUUC